UUCAGAUUUUUAUUUAAUAUAUUUUUCUAAUAUUAAAUUUAAAUUAAAUUAAAAUGAUUAUCAUUUUAUAAAAAAAUUUAAUUUAUAUAACAUGUAAAAUAUUAUAUAUAUAUAUAUAAGUUGAAAUAUAAGUUGAGAGUCUAAGCAAUUAAUUGUAUCUUAGAUACAAGUUAUAAGUCAUAAUAAAUUGUUAUACUUUUUUAAAAUGCUGAUAUUAAAAAAUAUAAAUAAACAGUUUUUUUUUCAUGUUUAGAUUUCUUUGAUCAACCAACGAUUGUAUAAUUCUAAAGUAAAAUUAAAUGAUGUCGUUAUAGUUAGUGCAACUAGAACACCUAUAGGAUCAUUUCUUGGAGAGUUAUCUGGUUUAUCUGCACCAAAACUUGGAGCCAUAACUAUACAAGCAGCAGUAGAACGAGCUGGAAUUCCCAAAGAUAAAAUUACAGAAAUAUAUAUGGGAAAUGUUUGUCAAGCUUUUUUGGGUCAAGCACCAGCAAGACAAGCUACAUUAUUUGCAGGACUUUCUAAAUCAACAAUAUGCACAACAGUUAAUAAAGUUUGUGCCAGUGGCAUGAAAAGUAUUAUGCUUGCUUCUCAAUCAUUACAAUGUGGCCAUCAAGAAAUUGUUCUUGCUGGUGGUAUGGAAUCAAUGUCUAAUGUACCAUUUUAUCUUCCUCGAAAGGAAAUUAAAUAUGGAAAUAUAAAAUUAGAGGAUGGUAUUGUAUUUGAUGGUUUAACUGAUGUUUAUAAUAAAUUUCAUAUGGGAAAUUGUGCAGAAAAUGUUGCAAAAAAAUUAAAUAUUACUCGUGAUGAACAAGAUGAAUAUGCUAUUAACAGUUAUAAACGCAGUGCUGCAGCAUAUGUAAACAAAAUAUUUCAAAAUGAACUUGUUUCUGUUCCUGUGCCUCAAAAGAAAGGCAAUCCUAAUAAAAUAUUUGAUGAGGAUGAAGAAUAUAAAAGAGUUGAUUUUGUUAAGUUUGCAAAAUUGAAUACAGUUUUUCAGGAAAAUGGUACGAUAACUGCUGGAAAUGCAUCAACUUUAAAUGAUGGAGCUGCUGCAUUAAUUUUGACGACUACAACUGUUGCUGAAAAAAUGAAUUUAAAACCUUUAGCACGAAUUAUUGCAUUUCAAGAUGCUGCAAUUGAACCCAUUGAUUUUUCUAUCGCACCAUCUAUUAGUAUUUCUAAGUUACUAGAAAAUACUGGAGUUAAUAAAAAUGAUAUAGCUCUUUGGGAGAUUAAUGAAGCUUUUAGUGUAGUAGUAAUUGCAAAUCAAAAAUUAUUAGAUCUUGAUCCUAAUAAAGUGAAUAUUCAUGGUGGUGCUGUAUCUCUUGGUCAUCCUAUUGGUAUGUCUGGAGCUCGUAUUGUAGUACAUUUAGUACAUGCUUUAAAAACUGGAGAAAAGGGUAUUGCAUCUAUUUGCAAUGGAGGCGGUGGCGCUUCAUCAAUCUUAAUUGAAAAAUUGUAUCAUACAAUAUCUUUUCCACCAAUAUUAACAUUAUACACAAAACAUCCUUGUUCACUUUGUGAUAUUUUAAAAAAGGAAUUGCAAUUACAUUUUUUUGGUCGUUAUCAGUUACAAGAAAUUGAUAUUACUGCAUCUGGAAAUGAACAAUAUCUGAAAUUAUACAAAAAUGAAAUUCCAGUUCUUUUUUUAGAAGGCCAAUUUCUUUGUAAGCAUUAUUUAGAUUCAGAAUUAUUAGAAAGAAAAUUACAAGAAUUUAAUCAAAAUUAAAUAUUAAUAAUACAUAAUUAAAAUAUAG